CUCGUCCUCGACGCACAACAUGUCCGCAAAGCCCAAGGCAUCCGAAGCUAAGGCUCCCGUGCUCAAGGGGCAAGAAGCCGAGGACAAGGUCCUCGAAUACAUCAAGCGGAUGAACCGCCCGUUUGGGGCCGUGGAUGUUUCGGCGAAUCUCAAGGGUGCCGUGCCCAAGACCGCGACGCAGAAGAUCCUCGUGGCGCUCGCGGAGAAGGGCGACCUCGUGCAGAAGACUUAUGGUAAGACGACGUUCUUCGUGGCCAACCAGGCAAACCUCGAGGAUAUGCCCGCGGAGAAACUCGCUGCACUAGAGGCGGAACACAAGAACACCGAAGAAGGCAACAAGGUGCUUGCUUCCGAAGUCCGAACACUUUCCACAGAAGUGGCAAAACUUAGAGGAACACCCACGGACGCAGAGCUGGCAACGUCACUCGAGGAGGUUCUCGCCGCGGUAGAGAAAGCUCGCGGGCGACUGCAGCCCCUGCGUGCGGGCACGCCGCUCGUGUCUGCCGCCGAACUAGCAGAUCUGGAUGCGGACUGGACAAAAUGGCACGCGGAAUGGGUGCGCAGAAAGAAGAUAUUCACCAACUUCUGGCAGCUCGCGACGGAUGCACUGCCGCCACAGGAGGCGAAAGAGCUUGCGGAAGACCUGGGGAUCGAGCUGGACACGCCAGAGCAUGGUGCGCUGGAGCGAGGCGCAUUCUGCUCACCAUCUAGCGUGCUCGGCAAGCGGAGGAGAUAGCGUGCAUAUAUGCAUGUCGGCCCCGUUCGCCAUGUAGUUCGGUUGCUUUCGUGUUCUCGUGUGCGGUGUGACCUGUUGCUUGCUGAUCGUGUACAUGUGUGCUCUCGUCUUCGUUCAUGAAUGGAACUGACUUGUCCCUCGC